AUGAGCUUUCAGGCUUUAAGGGAAUGGUGGAUUCAAAAGUGGACACGUCCACUGGCCCAGGUGUUCGAGAACGUCGAGGGCGUUGUCGCCGUGCGCUGGAUGUGGUUGAGUUUUGGGCCGCCCCGCAUAAAAGUUGACGGCGAAAGCCAACGGUUCGAUCGCCGCGGGGUCGAGGAGGUGAUUGCCGACGAGCACGGCAUUGACCCCACCGGAACCUACCAUGGCGACUCCGAUCUUCAGCUGGAGCGCAUCAACGUGUACUUCAAUGAGGCGACAGGUGGACGCUAUGUGCCGCGUGCCAUUCUCAUGGAUCUCGAACCAGGAACCAUGGACAGUGUUCGAGCGGGACCCUUCGGCCAACUUUUCCGCCCGGACAACUUCGUCUUUGGUCAGACUGGGGCCGGCAACAACUGGGCGAAGGGCCACUACACGGAGGGUGCCGAGUUAAUUGACUCGGUGCUCGACGUGGUGCGCAAGGAGGCGGAAGGCUGUGACUGCCUUCAGGGCUUUCAGCUCUGCCACUCGCUCGGCGGAGGCACCGGCGCAGGCAUGGGCACGCUGCUCAUCUCGAAAGUGCGCGAAGAGCGACUUGGGUUGCAACCCCGGAUGUUUUCUACCCUAAACCCUAAACCCUAA